GUCGCCGUUGCCCACACAAUUGGUCACGUAGCUGCAACCGUGAGCAUGUCCAAGGUCGCUGUUUCCUUUACUCAUAUCAUUAAGAGCUCAGAGCCUGCCUUCAGCGUUGUCGUCCAGAGCCUGAUGGGCGAGCAUUUUGCGCUUCCUGUCUACUUGUCGUUGCUCCCGAUCAUUUUUGGUUGUGGGCUCGCAGCUCUUACCGAGCUAAACUUCAACAUGGGAGGCUUUAUGGGUGCUAUGAUCUCAAAUCUGGCAUUCGUUUUCCGGAACAUUUUUUCGAAGAAGGGAAUGAGCUCUGGCAAGAAGGUUGGAGGUCUCAACUACUACGCCUGCCUGUCAAUCAUGUCUCUCAUCAUCCUCAUUCCGUUCGCCAUCUGGCAAGAGGGCUUUCCGAUGUGGACUGCCGGGUGGCAGACUUCUAUCGCGGAGGUUGGGCCAAGAAUUGGGUGGUGGAUUGCGGCUCAGAGCGUUUUCUACCACCUGUACAAUCAAGUGUCCUACAUGUCGCUGGAUCAGAUCUCACCGUUGACAUUCAGCAUUGGAAACACGAUGAAGCGUGUGUCGGUCAUUGUAGCUUCCAUCAUCAUCUUCAGAACUCCAGUCCGAUUGAUCAAUGGCGUUGGAGCGGCAAUUGCCAUUCUCGGAACGUUCCUGUACUCUCAGGCGAUUGAGGCCCAGAAGAAGGCAGCAAAGGCCAAGGCCGCACCUGCAUCUUAG